AUGAGUCCCUCAGCCAAAGCAGCAGUCCUUUCGAAGAACGACGACGACGUUGUUAUAGUUGCGGCCAUUCGCUCAGCGCUGACCAAGGGCAAAAAGGGCGGUUUUAAGGACACGCAUCCCGAGGAGCUUCUCUCCCGUGUUCUUCGUCAUGUCUACACGUCGGUCAACCUUGACCCCAAACUGAUUGAGGAUGUCGCUGUUGGCAAUGUCCUUCCACCAGGCGGAGGAGCCAGCGCUGCUCGUAUGGCCGCGCUCCAUGCUGGUCUCCCUAACACCACUGCGGUCAACACGGUCAACCGUCAAUGCAGCAGUGGCUUGACUGCCAUCAACCAGAUUGCGAAUGAAAUCAAGGCUGGCGAGAUUGACAUUGGCAUUGGCGCUGGUGUGGAGAGCAUGACCAAAGGCUAUGGUGCCGGUGUCAUGCCCGCCAGCUUCUCUGACGAUGUCCUAUCCAACUUGGAAGCUGCAGACUGCCUUAUUCCUAUGGGUAUCACCUCAGAGAAUGUUGCCGCCCAAUACAAGAUCAGCCGUGACGAACAGGAUGCCUUCGCCGCCGCUUCUUUCCAAAAGGCCGCCAAGGCACAGAAGGAGGGUCGUUUCAAGGACGAAAUUCUACCCAUCGAAGUCACAUGGGUAGAUCCCAAGACGGAGCAAGAGAAGAGAGUUGUUGUCGACAGCGACGACGGUGUCCGGGAUGGUGUCACAAAAGAGAGUCUCGCUAAGCUCAAGCCGGCUUUCACCAAAGAAGGCAGCACACAUGCUGGAAAUGCCUCACAAGUCAGUGAUGGCGCGGCCGCUGUCCUCUUAGCCCGUCGCAGUGUGGCCAAGAAACUCGGUCUGCCUAUCGUUGGCAAGUUUGUCAGCGCUGCGGUCGUCGGAGUCCCCCCCAAGAUCAUGGGUGUUGGCCCAGCGUAUGCUAUCCCCAAGGUUCUUGAGAAGACUGGGCUUUCCAAGGAUGAGGUUGAUUUCUAUGAGAUCAACGAGGCCUUUGCGUCGCAAGCUGUCUUCUCCGUCAACCACCUUGGCCUCGACUACAAGAAAGUCAACAAACACGGUGGUGCCAUUGCUAUCGGUCACCCCCUUGGUUGCACUGGUGCCCGUCAGGUCGCCACUGGUCUCAACAUCGCGAAGCAGUACGGAGAGAAAAUCUUUGCCACUUCAAUGUGCAUUGGCUCGGGGAUGGGUAUGGCGGCUGUCUUUGUGAAUGAGCAGUGA